AUGUUGUACGGUAGUGAGACAUGGGCAGUGAAGCAGGAAGAUCUUGACCGUUUAGAAAGGAAUGAUAUGAGAAUGUUUAGGUGGAUGUGUAAUGCCAGUCUGAGAGACAGAAAGAGUUUAGAUGAGCUAAGAAGCAGGCUAAGUCUCCGUAGAAUUAAAGAUGUUAUCCAGAUAAGAAGAUUGAAUUGGCUGGGGCACUUGGAAAGAAUGGAGGAGGAUAAUUGGGUAAGAAAGUGUAGAGACUUGAUAGUUCCUGGGGCAAAGCCCAGAGGCAGACCGAGAAAGACUUGGCAGGAGGUUAUAAGGACAGACUUGAUAGAGAGGAAGUUGAGUUUAGAUCUAACACAGUCUAGAUCAGAUUGGAAGAGGGUCAUUAAUAUACCCCGUCCAACCCAUGCUAGCAUGGAAAACGGGGUAUAUUAAUGACCCUCUUCCAAUCUGAUCUAGACUGUGUUAGAUCUAAACUCAACUUCCUCUGUAUCAAGUCUGUCCUUAUAACCUCCUGCCAAGUCUUUCUUGGUCUGCCUCUGGGCUUUGCCCCAGGAACUAUCAAGUCUCUACACUUUCUUACCCAAUUAUCCACCUCCAUUCCUUCCAAGUGCCCCAGCCAAUUCAAUCUUCUUAUCUGGAUAACAUCUUUAAUUCUACAGAGACUUAGCCUGCUUCUUAGCUCAUCUGAACUCUUUCUGUCUCUCAGACUGACUAACCAUUCUCAUAUCAUUCCUUUCUAAACGGU